GCUGCAAUUACGGCAGCCCGCAAAGCUCACAAUACACACCAUCGUGUUUGCCUGGACCCUGCCACUUAACCCAGCGCCAGACCAAGUGGAUCUCCAGGUCCGGAUCUCCUUUUGCCGGAUUAAUCUUUAUUUUAAAAUCUCUGAAGAGGAUUUAGUACGAGUCGCAGCGAGGCUAUGAGAGCUGAUUGGUAAAUGGUCACCCGGAUCCCGGCGGCGGCGUGUCGCUCCGUUUUCGAUCGUAUUUAACCAUAACCCGACUCCCUUAACAUGGAUAGUCGCAUCUUUCGGCCUCUUUUUCCUUCUUAAGCAGGGAUAUGCGAGGUCUGACGGCGUCGCCGCUGCCCCUAGCCACUGUCUGAGCCGGUGGCCGCACUGACGGGCGAUUCCUCUCGGCUGCCUCGCACGUCACGCUUCCUCAAACACGGACUCAUGGAGCUGUAGCUUCCUGCUAGCUGACCUCCGGAGAGAGAGACGACGUGGGAAAUAGUGCGAGGGACAGCGGCGGCGGGUGGGGGGGGACGAUGUCGUCCAGCAGGAGCCAGAACCCACAUGGGCUCAAGCAAAUCGGCCUGGACCAGAUCUGGGACGACCUGCGGGCAGGAAUCCAGCAGGUCUACACCAGGCAGAGCAUGGCCAAAUCCCGCUACAUGGAACUCUACACGCAUGUUUAUAAUUACUGCACCAGUGUGCACCAGUCCAACCAGGCCCGUGGGGCCGGGGCUCCUGCUUCCAAACCUUCCAAGAAGACCCCUACCCCAGGGGGGGCCCAGUUUGUAGGCCUGGAGCUCUACAAGCGACUCAAAGAAUUCCUGAAGAACUACCUGACGAACCUUCUCAAGGAUGGGGAGGACCUGAUGGACGAGAGCGUGCUCAAGUUCUACACGCAGCAGUGGGAGGACUACCGGUUCUCCAGCAAGGUGCUGAACGGCAUCUGCGCCUAUCUCAACCGCCACUGGGUCCGCCGUGAGUGCGAUGAGGGCCGCAAGGGCAUCUACGAGAUCUACUCGCUUGCCUUGGUAACAUGGAGAGAGUGCUUAUUCAGACCACUGAACAAACAGGUGACGAAUGCGGUGCUGAAGCUGAUCGAGAAGGAGCGUAACGGCGAGCCCAUCAACACGCGGCUGGUCAGCGGGGUGGUGCAGUCCUACGUGGAGCUGGGCCUGAAUGAAGACGACGCCUUCGCCAAGGGGCCCACUCUCUCCGUCUACAAGGAGUCCUUCGAGAGCCAGUUCCUGACCGACACCGAGCGGUUCUACACCAGGGAGAGCACCGAGUUCCUGCAGCAGAACCCGGUGACCGAGUACAUGAAGAAGGCGGAGGCCCGCUUGCUGGAGGAACAGCGCCGGGUGCAGGUCUACCUCCAUGAGAGCACGCAGGAUGACCUGGCACGCAAGUGUGAGCAGGUGCUGAUUGAGAAGCACCUGGAGAUCUUCCACACGGAGUUCCAGAACCUGCUGGAUGCCGACAAGAAUGAGGACCUUGGCCGCAUGUACAACCUGGUCUCUCGGAUCACCGAUGGCCUGGGCGAGCUGAAGAAGCUUCUGGAAACACACAUCCAUAACCAGGGUCUGGCCGCUAUUGAGAAAUGUGGGGAGGCUGCUCUCAACGAUCCCAAAAUGUACGUUCAGACCAUCUUGGACGUCCAUAAGAAGUACAACGCCCUGGUGAUGUCAGCGUUCAACAACGAUGCCGGCUUUGUGGCUGCCCUGGAUAAGGCCUGCGGACGCUUCAUCAACAACAACGCCGUGACCAGGAUGGCACAGUCUUCCAGCAAGUCCCCAGAGCUUCUAGCCAGAUACUGUGACUCGCUGCUGAAGAAGAGCUCCAAGAACCCUGAAGAGGCCGAGCUGGAAGACACACUGAACCAGGUGAUGGUGGUUUUCAAAUACAUCGAGGACAAAGAUGUUUUCCAGAAGUUCUACGCCAAGAUGCUGGCGAAGCGGCUGGUGCACCAGAACAGCGCCAGUGACGACGCGGAGGCCAGCAUGAUCUCCAAGCUGAAGCAAGCCUGCGGCUUCGAGUAUACAUCCAAGCUUCAGCGCAUGUUCCAGGAUAUCGGCGUCAGCAAGGACCUCAAUGAGCAGUUCAAGAAGCACCUGUGUAACUCGGAGCCGCUGGAUCUGGACUUCAGCACCCAGGUCCUGAGCUCGGGCUCCUGGCCCUUCCAGCAGUCCUGCACGUUCGCGCUGCCCUCCGAGCUGGAGAGGAGCUACCAGAGAUUCACGGCCUUCUACAGCAGCAGACACAGCGGCCGCAAGCUCACCUGGUUAUACCACCUGUCCAAAGGCGAGCUGGUCACCAACUGCUUCAAGAACAGAUACACGCUGCAGGCGUCCACGUUCCAGAUGGCCAUCCUGCUGCAGUACAACACGGAGGACGUCUACAGCAUGCGGCAGCUCACCGACAGCACGCAGAUCAAGGCGGAUAUAUUAGUGCAGGUUUUGCAGAUUUUGUUAAAAUCUAAAUUGCUGGUCCUGGAGGAUGAGAACGCAAAUGUAGAUGAAGUCGAUUUCAAGCCGGACACCUUGAUAAAACUCUACCUGGGCUAUAAAAACAAGAAGCUACGCGUCAACAUCAACGUGCCGAUGAAGACGGAGCAGAAGCAGGAACAGGAGACCACACACAAGAACAUCGAGGAAGACCGCAAGCUCCUCAUCCAGGCCGCCAUCGUCAGGAUUAUGAAGAUGAGGAAAGUCCUCAAGCACCAGCAGCUCCUGGCAGAGGUACUGAACCAGCUGUCGUCCAGGUUUAAACCCAGAGUCCCAGUCAUUAAGAAAUGCAUCGACAUCCUGAUAGAAAAGGAGUACCUCGAGCGCGUUGAUGGCGAGAAGGAUACCUACAGCUACUUGGCCUAAAUGUCCUCCCGCCAACGUCGGAGCACCAUGUGUCACGCAGCUAGACGACGUUAGGUACAUGUGCACAAUGAGAAACCAGCUCGGCAGCUCAGUCGUUGAGACCGUACUGCCCUCUACAGGCCGGAUGACGGAAAAGCAGGAAUACGGCUGCCCUAAAGGCCUGUACAGACUGCUCAGGAUGAACGAUGUACCUUUUUUGACAUGUAAAUACAGAUGCAGUACUUUGCCAUCGCCAACAUUAAACAAAAUCAAAGCCCUCUGUGGAGGGCAAGGUCGCAUGCUACUGCCUAUCUCCUUUUAAAAGUUUAAGGAAAAAUAUGAAUGGCUAGACUGCUGAUUCACUGUAGCAGCUGCAGUGUAAAAAAAAAAAAAAAAAGAUGCAACGUGGGCAGCAGGUUUGGAGCAGAAGGGUGACAGAUGAAGCCGUCAGUCCUGCGUAAUCUGCAUUGUGACCGGCGACAAUUUGUAUAGUGCAUUUCAUUUUCUAAAUGUGUGAAAUAAAAUUAAGGUUUCUCUAUGCGUUUUAA